AUGGAGCCCCAGGAGUACAGGGAGAGAGGAAAGCAGAUGGUGGAUUACAUCUGCCAGUACCUGAGCACCGUGCGGGAGCGGAGGGUGACCCCAGACGUGCGGCCAGGCUACCUGCGAGCCCAGCUGCCCGAGAGCGCGCCUGAGGAGCCCGACAGCUGGGACAGCAUCUUCGGGGACAUUGAGCGAAUCAUCAUGCCUGGGGUGGUGCAUUGGCAGAGCCCCCACAUGCAUGCCUACUACCCAGCCCUCACCUCUUGGCCAUCACUGCUGGGAGACAUGCUGGCUGAUGCCAUCAACUGCUUGGGAUUCACCUGGGCUUCCAGCCCUGUGUGCACGGAGCUGGAGAUGAACGUCAUGGACUGGCUGGCGAAAAUGCUGGGACUCCCAGAGCACUUCCUGCACCACCACCCCGGCGGCCACGGGGGAGGCGUCUUGCAGAGCACAGUCAGUGAGUCCACCUUGAUCGCCUUGCUGGCAGCAAGAAAGAACAAAAUCCUGGAAAUGAAAGCAUCUGAGCCCGGGGCCGACGAGUCCUCCCUGAACGCGCGGCUCAUUGCCUAUGCUUCUGACCAGGCUCACUCCUCGGUGGAAAAGGCUGGUUUGAUUUCUCUUGUGAAGAUGAAGUUUCUGCCUGUGGAUGACAACUUCUCACUCCGAGGGGAAGCUCUCCAGAAAGCCAUCGAGGAAGACAAGGAGCGAGGCUUGGUGCCUGUCUUUGUCUGUGCAACCCUGGGGACCACUGGAGUCUGUGCGUUUGACUGCCUGUCAGAGCUGGGUCCCAUAUGUGCCAGGGAAGGGCUGUGGCUCCACAUCGAUGCUGCCUACGCGGGCACCGCCUUCCUGUGCCCCGAGUUCCGGGGCUUUCUGAAGGGCAUCGAGUAUGCCGACUCCUUCACCUUUAAUCCUUCCAAGUGGAUGAUGGUGCACUUUGACUGCACCGGCUUCUGGGUCAAGAACAAGUACCAGCUGCAGCAGACCUUCAGCGUGAACCCCAUCUACCUCAGGCAUGCCAACUCGGGCGCAGCCACCGACUUCAUGCACUGGCAGAUCCCUCUGAGCCGGAGGUUUCGCUCUAUUAAGCUCUGGUUUGUGAUUCGGGCCUUCGGGGUGAAGAACCUGCAAGAGCACAUCAGACACGGGACUGAAAUGGCUAAAUAUUUUGAAUCUCUGGUCAGAAGUGACCCUUUCUUUGAAAUCCCCGCCAAGAGGCACCUUGGCCUGGUGGUUUUCCGUCUGAAGGGUCCCAACUGUCUCACGGAGAGUGUGCUGAAGGAAAUAGCUAAGGCCGGCCGUCUCUUUCUCAUCCCGGCCACUGUCCAGGACAAGCUGAUCAUCCGCUUCACCGUGACAUCCCAGUUCACCACCAGGGACGAUAUCCUGAGAGACUGGAACGUCAUUCGCGACGCUGCGACUCUCAUCCUGAGCCAGCACUGUACUUCCCAGCCUAGCCCUCAGGUCGGGGACCUCAUCCCCCAAGCCAGGGGCUGCAGGGCCCUGAGCAGUGGAGUGUCCCUGCAGUGCGUCAGCGGGGCAGAGGGUGACCUAGCCCAGGCCCCAAGGAUCCCCAGCGAUGAUCCUCAGAGGAUGAUCCUCGCCCAGGUCAAGCAGCCUGAGCGUGCGGGAGCCGGCUCUGGGAGGAGGGAAGACAGCCGCCACCUUGAAUCCCUGCUGGACCCACCUGAUGACUGCUUUUCAGAAGAGGCCCCGGCUGUCGCCAAGCACAAGCUGUCCUCCUUCCUGUUCAGCUAUCUCUCGGUGCGGAGUAAGAAGAGGGCCGUGCGUUCCCUCAGCUGCAACAGCGUGCCCGUGAGCGCCCAGAAGCCGCUGCCCGCAGACGGCUCUGCGAAGAGCGGGGGCUGCUCCAGGGCUAAAGUCUUCUCUAGGUUUCCAGAGGAGAUGAUGAUGCUGAAGAAAAGUGCCUUCAAAAAACUAAUCAAGUUCUACAGCGUCCCCAGCUUUCCCGAGUGCAGCUCUCAGUGUGGGCUGCAGCUGCCCUGCUGCCCCCUGCAGGCAAUGGUUUAGCCCGGGCCCUUCGCCGAGUCCACGGGUGUGUUUCAGGGAGUCUCUGAGCCCCUCGCAAUUGUAUGCUGAAUUUGUGUGCU